UCACACACCUAAGCACACACCAGACCUCCUCUCUCAUGACUGGAAAACUCUCGCACCACCUCAUCCACCACUGAGUGUAAACCACACAUCAAGGAUAAUGUUACCCUGCUCAGGUUUAGCUGUGAUCCUCUGUCUCCUGCAAGCCCUUUGCAUCACUGCGGACAUAGACAGCAGCUCCUUUCUGAUUUUCAACGAGAACCAUAACAAGUGCAUUAAGGUGGAGAGCGCCAACUCGCUGACUGUCGCCACCUGCGAUCCUCACUCCAAGCAGCAGCAGUUUCGUUGGGCCUCCAAGUCGCGCGUUCUCAGCCUAUCCCUCAAGCUCUGUCUGGGGGCCACAGAGAUUAAAGACUGGGUGAAGGUCCUCCUGUAUGAAUGUGAUGAGAGCAGUGACCUCCAGCACUGGGAGUGCAAGAAUGAGACUCUCUUUGGCCUAAAAGACCAGGACCUGCACUUAAACUGGGGCAACCGCAAUGAGAGGAGCAUAAUGAUCUACAAAGGCUCGGGGCUCUGGAGUCGCUGGAGGAUAUUUGGCACUCUGGGAGACCUUUGCUCAAAGGGGUAUCAAG